GUCGCGUAUGCGCCCUCGCGAGACCUGCGCUCGACACACUCUUUAAGACUCCAAAGCGCAGCCAACCACUCAGACACGCGCAGACGCAGGCAGCCAUGUCUUCCAUGUUCGAUCUGCCCAGCGCAAAACGGGUGCGCCGCGAUGAGCUUCGAUCGCCAGAUGAGUCCCCACCAUCGACGCCAGACCGUGACAUCGAGGAACUUUUGCGCCAGCGGAUAUCCACCGAAUUUGCAUUCACGACCACGGAGCACGAUUUCGGCGAUGACCGAGAUGCAGCGCAGAGCGAUGAGGACGAGGCAGAGCUGCGCCUGUUCGCAGCUCCCGCCAAUGCUGCGCCCGCGACGUUGAAAGUGCGACUAACGUCGCCAGGUCUAGAUAGAGGAGAUGGAUCUGGGUUCCUGUUGAAAAAGCCUAAGACCUACUAUUUCGCCGACGAGCCGACCAGUGACGAAGAGCUGGCGCUGCAGGCCUCUGCAAUUGAUGGAAGCACCGUGCUAGAGCUGUCGCGGCAGCCAUGGCCGGCAUGCGUAAUGCCGUGGAAGGUCACCACAAUCACGAAAGAUGGCAUCAAGAAGGCGGUGCUAGUUGGACACCCUCCUACGUUGGCUGCAGUGGAAGAGAGAGAGCACAAGCGCACACGAAAGGGCAAGAAGGCACGGAUUGCGAUCAGGAAGAAGAAGGCGGCAAACAAAGAUAAGCACGAAGAGAGGGCUAGGCUUGCUGCUGAGAAGGAGGAGGCUGAGCGCGAGAAGAGGACAAGGAGAAACAGGGAGAAGAAGGUCAAGAAAAAGGCUAAGGCGCAGGCUAAGAAAGCCGAGGGUGAAGCAACUGAGGGUGCCACGGCGCCAGCAGACACUGAGGCGGGUGCGAUCAUGGAGCAUUGAAACCUUUCAUUCUCCGUAUACAACAGCCUCUCCAUCGGUCGAAUCCCAACGUCAACGCAACCUCGCGGCAGACGUGCGUAUGGAUAUCCUACAUCGCCCAGGCCACUGCGAUGUACAUAUGUACAUAGGCAGGCUGCAGCAGUAAAGGUGGGGCACUCUAAAGCCUCAAGUCACCUUCACUUGCAGUUUGUUUGUGGAACUGGGACGGCCUGUUUGUUACCGUUGACUGUUUUAAGCUCUC